GAAGUCAGGAAGUGACAUCAAACCACUCCGCUGUGUCCGGAUACAAACCGGAGACUCUCCAACAUGUUCGCCCCGCUACACGGGCGUUAUGCCCGGAGGACCUGACUGUGUUGCAGUGAACCUUCCCGCCUGAGGUUCGGGUUAAAAUGCCUCUGGCUCCUGCAAACCAGGCCCAGCUGAUCCGGUCCAGUCAGAAGGAUGAAUUCUACCGGAGCCUCCUGAGGAACAGCGCUAACGAAGCCUGCCAGAGCGUCGCAGGAUCCAAACACUGGCUGGACUGGAGGAGAGAGGUGGAGCUGCUGUCAGACUUGGCUUACUAUGGUUUAACCACGCUCUCAGGUUAUCAGACUCUGGGCGAGGAGUAUGUGGGGAUCGUCCAGGUGGAUCCCUCCCGGCGGCAGAUCCCGUCCCGGGCCAGGCGCUGCCUCUUCGUCCUCUGUCACGCCUUUGUGCCGUACCUCCUGGAGAAGGCCCUGGUGUGUCUGGAGAACGAGCUGGAAGGCGGGCUGGAGGCGCGGCGGCGCCAGGCAGCGUCGGGGGCCUGGAGCCUGGAGCGCUGGCUCCGGAGGGCGGCGCAGAGCGCGGUGGGGCUGCUGACGGAGCGGCAGAGGAAGGCCUGCCAGCCGGCCGUGUUUGUGAUCCAGCAGAGCCUGGCUCUGCUGCACCGACUCCAUGUUGCUCUCUUCUACGUCAGCAGCUCCUUCUACCACAUGUCCAAGAGGGCAGCUGGAAUCGGCUACCUGUGUGUGACGGGGCCGAACGCUGAUGACUCGUCCAUCAGGAGAAGCUACCGGCUGCUGGGUUGCGUAUCUUUCCUCCAGCUGCUCGUCACUCUGAGUCUGCAGCUCAACAACCUGAGGCAGAGGCAGAGAGCCAGGCAGGAGUGGCAGCUCUACAGGAGCCUCAGUCCUCGGCACCCAGCGAGCUCCGCCUCCGCGCCCCGACCUGCGCGCUGCAUCCUCUGCCUGGAGGCGCGCAGGAACUCCACCUGCACCCCCUGUGGACACCUGUUCUGCUGGGAGUGCAUCGCCGAGUGGUGCAACACCAAGGCGGAGUGUCCUUUGUGUCGGGAGAAGUUCCUGCCUCAUAGACUGGUGUUUCUAAGGAACUACAGCUAGACUUGCAGCUGGAACACACACGGCUGAACUGAAGCUCGUCCUAAUUUGUGUAUUCAGUCGUCAUGGAGACCAGAACCUUCCAGCCUGCUGAAACUUAUCCGUCUGUCCUAAGGAGAGCAGGAUACGUUUGGAUUGUAUCAAUCAGAUGAUGUAAAUGUCGAUAUCUGGGAAUUCCAGCGGUGAUUUAAAUGUUUUAACUUCAUCAGAUCAUAUCUUCUGGCAUGUUUUGUUUGAAUUAUUAUUUUAUGCGCUCAAUUUAUGCUAUAAGCAUGUGCUUAUAGUCAACAUUACUAUUUAGAAAAAAAUACUGCCUGGAUGAUGAAACGAUUGUUUUUGGCUUGUUCUAGUUCUAAAGUGGACCUUUUUUGGAUCAGCUCUGCUGGAAAUUCAGGAACAGAAAAAUUAUUCAUGAAAGAUUCUGAUAAAAACAUGUAGUUUUUUUGACUAGCUAAUUAAAAAAAUAAAGUUGUCACGAUCUAAAGGAAUCGUAAGGAGUUAGUUUGACGGAUUGUUCUUGUGGAUUAUUUUCAGCAUCAUAACAAAGCUUCUGCUACAUUAAGGAUAAACUCAGAUCUUCUUAUUGUGUUUUUGUUGUGAAAAAAAUCUAGUAUUUCAAAUUCCUGUCCCACCUUGGAUGCUUCAUGGAAAACGCCAUUCUGCAGUUAAUAAUUACCAUUAGAAAAUAAAAGAGAAAUUUAUUUUCUUAAAGUGAAACGUUUAGUUUCAAAUAAGAUUUUUUUUUUCUUGUUGAAAAUCUUUUAAUUUGUAAGAGCAAUAUACAUUUUACAUAAAUGAGCCUUUGUACUAAUGUGACUCUGGUUUAAACAUCUCCACCAUUUUCAUGAAA